AUGGAGAACAAUACAGAAGUGACACAGUUCAUCCUGCUGGGACUUACUGAUGACCCAGAUCUACAGCUUCCCCUCUUUUUCAUAUUCCUUAUUAUCUACACUAUCGCCCUGGUGGGGAACCUGGGAAUGAUCCUGUUGAUAGUCUUGGACUCUCGGCUCCACACUCCCAUGUACUUUUUUCUGGGCAAUCUGUCCUUGGUUGAUUUUUGUUACUCUUCAGCUGUCACACCCACAGUCAUGACAGGGCUCCUAAUAGGAGACAAGGUCAUUUCCUACAAUGACUGUGCUGCUCAGAUGUUCUUUUUUGUAGCCUUUGCUACUGUGGAAAAUUACCUGUUGGCCUCAAUGGCUUAUGAUCGCUAUGUUGCAGUGUGCAAGCCCUUACACUAUGCCACUACCAUGACUAUAAGUGUAUGUAUGAGUCUUUCUGUAGGUUCCUAUGUCUGUGGUUUCCUGAAUGCCUCAAUACACAUUGGGGACACUUUCAGUCUUUCUUUCUGUGGGUUCAAUGUGGUCCAUCACUUUUUCUGUGAUAUUCCAGCAGUCAUGAUUCUCUCUUGCUCUGAUAGACAUAUCAGUGAACUGGUUCUUGUUUAUGUAGUGAGCUUCAAUAUCUUUUUUGCUCUCUUGGUUAUCUGGAUAUCCUAUAUAUUAAUUUUUAUCACAAUCUUUAAAAUGCAGUCAAGUGCUGGAUAUCAAAAGGCUAUGUCCACCUGUGCUUCACACUUCACUGCAGUGUCUAUUUUCUAUGGUACAAUCAUCUUCAUGUACUUGCAGCCCAGUUCCAGUCACUCCAUGGACACUGACAAAAUCGCAUCUGUGUUCUACACCAUGAUCAUCCCCAUGCUGAACCCUCUGGUCUACAGCUUGAGGAACAAGGAGGUUAAAAGUGCAUUCACAAAAGUUUUACCAAUGCCAAAAUAA